UCGCUGAUAACCGUGAACUAAUGAUGUCAAACAAGCUAGGUAAUGAAUAAUAAAGUGUAUUGAUCGCCGUUAUUGCCACUACGAUUUAUUGACUUUUUGCCGCCAACCGAUUCCUCGUGUUUAACGAUAAAAGCAGUCACAUCAAAGCCUGUACGUCAGGUUUCCAUCUCGUCCAUCAACUCGGGGAUUGUACAGUUGAGGAAUUCUGGUUGAGAUUUUCGCUCCAUCACUGCUCCGAGGGUCAUAUAGACGCGCAGUGCCCCAGAUGUAACAGUGGUAUUUUCUGAACCAGAGAUCUAAUGUCAGUUCAGUUGUUCAGGCAGGCUAAUGAGGUGUGGUCUAUGUAGUAUUGUUCAGGUCUACUUAGCACCUCCUUGAUUCCUCUAUUCUUACCCUACCCCAGGGUGACCACAGAUUAACAGCUUAUUAGCGAACAGUCCAGCUGAGCUUUAUCAUCAUCAGUCUAACCACCAGGUGGACGAGACAAGUCUAUUGUCAUCUGAUCAAUGAUUAGAGCGUCUGGUCCAACUGUAAGGCUUACCUUUUGGCAGACUGCAGACAGUGUUUGUUAAAUCUGUCACAAAAAUUUCUCAGGAUUCUGGGUUGUGCUGACUAUCGUCUCAGACUGGACCUUAAUUCUACUGGCAAUACACAAGCAUCUCCGAACGGAACCAUACAGGAAUUAAAUAGUCAAAGUGUACGCAAAUCCCAUCUGUGAUAGGAUCAGGAAUAACUGGACUCUGGGAUCACCAUUGGGCUGCUUUAAUCAAGCCAACCGUCAUCAGAUAUCAGGCCCGUGUUUAAACCGAUUGAAACUCUUUCUACCCAGGCUUGAGACGUUUGGAAUAUUGUGAUUUCCUAGGAAACAGCUGACAUUUUAUCCCGCCCUGUCCAACGAACCAGACAUUUUGUUCUUGCACAUUAGGUGUACACCAUGGACGCCGCAGAGUUUCGAAGACGUGGCAAGGAGAUGAUUGACUAUGUGGCUGACUACCUGGAGACCACAGAGAACAGGCGCGUUUUUCCUGAUGUUAAGCCUGGUUACCUGAGAGAGCAGAUCCCUGAUGAGGCGCCUCUCGUCCCGGACAGGUGGGAACAGGUGAUGGGAGAUGUGGAGUCAGUCAUCAUGCCUGGGGUCACCCACUGGCACAGUCCCCAUUUUCAUGCGUAUUUCCCCACCAGUAACUCCUACCCCGCCAUUUGUGCUGACAUUCUCUCUGACGCCAUCGGCUGUAUAGGAUUUUCUUGGGCAGCCAGUCCGGCAUGUACAGAGCUGGAGGUAGUGAUGAUGGACUGGUUAGGGAAGCUUCUCAACCUGCCCUCUGAGUUCCUGUCGUCCUCAGGGGGGCCAGGUGGCGGAGUUAUACAGGGUACAGCCAGCGAGGCCACCCUUGUGGCAUUACUGUCAGCACGCACCCACACACUCCACCAGCUGAGGGAUCGUCACCCAGGGAUUGAUGAUGGAUCGCGCCUCGCCAAGCUUGUUGCCUACUGCUCUGACCAGUCCCAUUCCUCAGUGGAGAGGGCUGGGAUGAUCGGCCUGGUGAAGAUCCGAAAGCUAAAGAGUGACGAGCAGGGCAGUUUACAUGGAGAGACACUGGAGAGUGCCGUACGGGAAGACAGAGCUAAGGGACUUGUGCCUUUCUUCGUGUGCGCCACUCUAGGAACUACCCCAUCAUGUGCAUUUGACAGACUCCUGGAGUUAGGGCCUGUAUGUGAGAGGGAAGGUAUCUGGAUGCAUGUAGACGCUGCGUACGCUGGCAGUGCGUUUAUCUGUCCUGAGUUUAGACCAUUGCUGGAUGGCGUGGAGUUCGCCAUGUCAUUUAACUUCAACCCACACAAGUGGUUGUUGGUGAAUUUUGACUGCUCAGCAUUAUGGGUGAAGGACAGCCGUCUCCUUUCAGAAGCCUUCAAUGUGGACCCUCUGUACCUGAAACACGAAAACCAGGGCAAAGUUCCAGACUACAGACACUGGCAGAUCCCCCUGGGUCGUCGUUUCCGCUCGCUGAAGCUCUGGUUUGUCAUGAGACUGUACGGACAGAAAGGGCUUCAGGAAUAUAUCAGGAAAGAUGUUGCUCUAGCACAUGAGUUUGAGACAUUUGUCCUGAACGAUUGUCGCUUUGAACUGACCGCUAAAGUCGUCAUGGGACUGGUAUGCUUCCGCCUGAAGGGUACAAAUGAGCUGAAUGAAAUACUGCUGAAGAAAGUCAAUGACGACGGAAGAAUCCAUAUCGUGCCAUCAAAGGUCCAUGAGACGUAUUUCCUGCGCUUUGCUGUGUGUGCCAGAAGGACAGCUUCCAAAGACAUCAGUUACGCGUGGAAUGUGAUAUCUGAACUGGCAGACAAUUUACUCAAACAAGGGGAGAUAAACGGGAAAGUCAGAAGAUGAUUGGUUGAAUCUUGUCCAAUAAUUUCUCUUUAAAUUGAAAUCAGUGUGUGUAGCACAUGCUUUAUGUUACAUUUGGGCUGUAAUGGUAACAUUUGGAAUAUUUAAUGGAUAAGAAAGUACCUGGUUAAGUUUGUAGAAAUGUAUUCAGGUAUAAGAAAAGCACCUUUUUACUGUUUUAACAUCUGAAAAGAUUCAAGCACUGUUGGUUAAACACUGGCAUCUGAAAAGCUGGAGAAGAAGGCAAAGAAAGGCACUGUAUUUCACAUAGCAUUUAACAUUUUUCAGGUGACGCAUUUAGCUGGAUUCCAACUGACUUGUUCACCUUAUUGUGCCAUUUAGUAAUUUUUAUG